GCCACCUACCAGCUCGUCACAAGGUGGUCAAGCUGAUUUCUGAUCAGCCAGCUGCCAUGUUCUCAUACAAAGACAUCGUAUUAGACCGCAUUUUCUAACAGGACAGCGACUGAUCGAGGAUGAUGAUGGUGAUGUGACACGGUAGGCCAGCGAGUCCAGCGCUGGGAACAUCCACUGUGCACACGGGCUUCAUAACAGAGCAGUCAGUGGGAACACUUGAACGCGCGGAGGGGGAGGAGGGCAGCGAGAGAAAACAAACCGAGAAAAUUGUUAGCCUGAAACGAAAGUACCACUACCAAGUGCCAUUCGUCCCCCACCGUUAUUUGUUUUCGGAGCGAUCUCUGCGAUUGCGAUGUAGUUUUGUCGACUUCACGCUGCGGUGUUGUUGCUCCUUUCCAAGCAUCCGGUAAAAAUAAUAUAAGUGUCUGUGGGGCUACUGUACGGACGGCCAGUGCAGAACUGUUCUGAUGUGUCAAUAAGUUUGAGGCUGGAAUGAGAAGGCCCUGGCGUUCCGACCGGAUUUCAGGGGUCAUCUUCAUCGCAUGAUACAGCCUGACUGACAGAUCCAUCCUCAUCUUUCAAAUACCGUAUUUCCAUAUUCUGUGGCUCUGGUCAGCAGCAGAAUGAAGGGUGGAGGUGGAGGGAAAGAGCCUCCGGGGGAGGGCGAGGUCAGCGGGAAGAGGCCCAAACGCAAGUGUCUGCAGUGGCACCCGCUGCUUGCCAAGAAAGCUCCAGACUUCUCUGAGGAAGAGGAGGAGGAAGACGAAGAGGAGCUGGAGAAGGAGCCGGUGUUAUGUGCGGAGAGCAGUGUUCAGGAGGGAGAGUGUGGCGGGAUGGAGGAUGACAGUGAAGAAUACUCCUCUGAACAGCGGGCUCGGCGGCCCAUGAACGCCUUUCUGCUAUUCUGCAAACGCCAUCGCUCGCUGGUCCGUCAGGAGCAUCCACGAUUAGACAACCGAGGAGCCACUAAAAUCCUGGCCGACUGGUGGGCCGUAUUGGACCCCAAAGAAAAGCAGAAAUACACAGACAUGGCCAAGGAGUACAAGGAUGCGUUCAUGAAGGCUAACCCCGGAUACAAAUGGUGUCCCGCCACCAACAAGCCAGUAAAGAGUCCUUCUCAUUCCGUUAGCAAUUCCCGCAAGAAGGUCUGGUCUCUUCCCUCCAACCCAAGCAAGGACCCUUCAGUUGCCAAAAAACAGCCCAAAACUGACAGCACACCUCAGCUCAACUUCGCCAUGGCUGAUCCCAAUAAGAUGGGUGGCCUAAGCAUGCUGCUGUUAGCUGGGGAACACGCACUGACCGCCAGAGAGAUUUCCUCCAGCUCUUCCCAGACUGGAUGCACAGAUGUUGCUAAGCACACUGGGAAAUCAGCCCUUUUCCAGCUGGCUGAGAUUUCUUCCAGUCCAGCACAGUCAGCUGGAGGAAGUAAGAAUGCAGAGGACACAAGCUCACUUACACAUGUAGAGGCUUCUGGACCGUCUCAGCCAAGCUCACCAGACCUGCCCAAGAGUUGUGUUAAAUCACCCCUGUUUCAGCUGGCUGAGCAGAUCUCUUCCAGUAGGUCUCCGUCAGCAUCUGAAGGGAGACAGUGUGGCCAGUCGGCCCUUUUCCAGCUCGCUGAGAUGUGUUUGGCCUCUGAGGCUGAAAAGAUGGAAGCUCGAUCAUCUCAGCCGUCUGGCGGUUCUUCCUCUUUAUGUGCUCAGAAUAGCACAGAAAUCCCAGACCGUGAAGAGCAGAAAGAAACUUCUGAGCUUCCUCUCACCACAUCUUCAUCAACCUCUACCUCCGGCUCCACUUCGUCUACCCCUACUGAAACCAGCCCAUGUAAAACACCCAAGAAGAAGAAAAAGAAGAAAGAAAACAAGGAGUCAGAUGAAAAUCCGGCUUCGCCUAAAAAGAUGAAGAAACGGCAGUCGCCCGAGUCGGACCUGGACAGCGUGACGUUCACCAUCGAAGCGGUAGUGAAAGGAGCUUGGGGUUCAGAAGAGACGCCCAAGAAGAAACCCCGUCCCCCAGAGAGCGAAAGCAGCCUGACUGCGGAACAAUCUCCGUCUGUGAAGAAGAAAACAAAACCCAAACCAAAAAAACAACUGAAGUUAAAAGACGACGCCAUGCAAGAAGAGGAAGAAGAUGCAGACAAAGUUGCAAAUAAGCCUCAGGAUGUUGAGAUGAUAACCGAGGAAGCUCCCAUGACCCCUAAAACAGAGUGUGAGGAUGAAUUUGAUGUAAAAGUGGAGCCCCCUUGUGGCAUGGAGGACGCAAUGUUGCAAUUCUCUCCCAUGGAGCCAACAGAAGUGGACGAGAAAGAAGACUCUGACGCCAAACCACUUGAAAGCAGACAGGAAGAUAAAGACCCAGAGGUGAAGCAGGAGGUCUGUGGGUCCAGGAAGUCUGAGAGAAGCUGUAAAGGAGCGCUUUAUAAGACUCUGGUGUCUGAAGGGAUGCUCACAUCGCUGAGAGCAAAUGUAGACAGAGGAAAAAGAGGUUCAAUGCGAGGGAGUGUGUCAGAUCAUGAGGGCAGCUGGAAUGACGAGAACUGGGGAUUUUCUCAAGCUGCUACCAGCAACCCGAAGAAACUCAAGAAGUCCAAGUCUAAAGAUGAAACCACCCCAGGACUAGGAAAGCUUGAGGAGGAGUUCGAGAAAAAGUUCAACAGCUUACCACAGUACAGCCCCCUGACAUUUGACAAAAAGAGCGUGGCGGUCACCAAGAAGAAAAAAAACAGUACGUCCAGCCCUCCCGAACCGCCCAAAACCUGCAAGGGUUCAUCCUCAUCUCAGAAAAAGACCUUAUUCCACAAGAUAGUGAACAAGUACAAACACAGGAAGGAGAAAUCCAGUGGCACAGACAAAGAAGUCGCCAUGUUUGAGCCUGUGGCUACAGAAAGCAGUCCAGCGGUGAAGUCGAGCAGUCCGUGUGUGUCUCCUUCUCCCGAACCGCAGAAGAUUUUGGACAUACCUGUGGGAAGUCAGAAAAGAAAGGCUCGGAAGAAUAAAAUCACACAUUUGGUGCGCACGGCUGAUGGUCGUGUUUCACCUGCAGAGGGUGAGCUGAGCCACAGUUUCCUGUUGCAGAGUUUUAUUGAACAUUUCUCAGUAGCUAAUUUAGUCCAGAGACGUUGUGUACUCUUUUAAACCAUAGGUCUCAAACUCAAUUUCUGGAGGGCCGCAG